AUGGUGCCAAGAGUGUGGUUGAGGACCGCGGCGAAGGGUGUCGUCGUCGUCAGCGGCGGUGUCGGAGGUCUCGGAAACUGGUUAGGCCGCACGGACCUCACGCAUUCGCAAUUAUGGCACAAACAUCACUUCCGCCUCUUCAGCACAAACAAAUCACAUCAAGAGAAACGCAGCAGUGAAGACGAGCCGUGGACGGUUGCGGUGGAAAUGAGUGGCAAGAGCAGGACAUUUUGCUCGAUGCUGUCCGCUCCUCAUCUUGCCGUGGGUGCAUAA